GAGCUGGAGACAGAGCAGAUGCAUUGGCAGGAGCAGGGCUGAGGGUUUUUCCUUUCUCCCUCCUGUCUCUUUUGUUGUGUCGGCACAGAUAAAAAUCUGAUGAACGUGGGCAAGGACCACCACCACCAUCAUCACCACCAUCACCACCUCACUGCGAGCAUCUCAUCCCCAGCCUGUUUCCCGGAGCUGGAUCCAGUGUGGAGCUGGGUGUGCGGCAGGCUAACGUCGGGCUAGUAGGGGAAGGGGGGGCUGCAAGGAUCUGUGGCAGCGAGAAGAGGAGGGGCUGUGGUGAGCUGGUGGGCUUCCUCUGCCUCACAGACACAUUUUAUUGACUUGCUAAUUGGAUGAGGCACUCGGAGGAGAGGAUGCGGUGAAUGAGAGGAGCUGCUCUCCAGAGGAGGGGAUACAGGCACGAGGAAGCAUCGCUUGGGUUGCGUUUAAAUCUGGCUACUUCAUCCCUUUUUUCCUUCUUUCUUUUUUCAGGAAAAAAUCUGGAGACAUAACAACAGAUGUUUUUCGGCAUCUCCCGGUGACCCUCACACCGUGCAUACAUAAUUUUAUGCAUGACAUUGUCGAAUGGAGGCUCCAGCUGCCAGGCGCUUCGUGACAAGUGAAUGAUUUCCAUUUUGAUGUUUUUUGCACCCUGUUCUAUUUCACCUGCUUUUUUAAAAAAUAUUUUUUAAUUUUUCUCUUGGACUCAUCAGCUGGAGCUCCUUUUUUCCCCCUCCUCUCAGCCUUGUUUGAUGUGCCAUUUGAUAAUCUGAUGGCUAGAUUCUAAAUGUACAAGGUGCAAUGGAUAUUCUUCAGGAAAAAUGAAGUGUCGUCCCGGUUGCCAUGACUGAGCUGUGCAGGUCUGGCUAGGUCAGAGAGCAGGUGCCACUGUGCUAAAGUCUGCUGUCCCAAUGAGCAAGGCAGGCAACCCACAGAGACGCACCACCUACCUCAUCUCCCUCACUCUGGUGAAGGUUGAGGCUGUGCCAGAGGAUGUAGCAGAGAACCAGAAGGAGGCUCUUCCAGAGGGGGAAGGGAGCCCUAAGAAGGAGGAGGAGGAAGAGGAGGAAGACGAGGAGGAGGAAGAAGAGGAAGAGGAGGAGGAGGAGGAGAAGGUGGUUAGCAAUACCCCUGAAAAGGAGGAAGAACCUGUAUGUACACAAGUGGUGGAGAAGGAAAACGCACAGGUGGCAGAAGAUGUGGUUAAGUAUGGCAGUCCAAUUGAGAGCUGGGGGAAACCUGAGAGGAGGGAAGCUCAUGGACACCACAAAGACAUUCUGCCAGUCGGUAAAAGCAAAGACACUUCUUUUGUACAUCCGCCCGUCAGGCAAAUGGUCAAAGUGUAUGGAGGAACUACCUCUGAGGGAACUGUGCGACGAGAGGGGCCUCGCUCAGAUGCCAUGCGCCCCAAGACGGAGCUCUACAGAGAGCCCCCCAUGCUGUUCCUGAAGGGUGAGAAUGGAGCAGACCUGAACAGCCGCUCACGUUGCAGCCUCCCGUUUUCCAUCCCACCCCAGGUCAGCCAGCGUCCUGACGUCCUGAUGAGGUCACAUGCAGGAGGCAACUCCGCAUGCUGGAGGGAACUCAGAGAGGCCAAUGCAAACCUGUAUCACUCUGCUAAGACUUUGGAUCGAAGGGAUAACCGUAUUGGGGACCAGUCCCCCUUAAUGGCAGCUACAACUCUGGGGCCUUACAGGGCGUCAUGGGCUGACAGCGAUGGCAGGGGCACGCUCAUCCGCCCCCAAGCUCCCAUCAGUGGAGGAUUUUCAGGCAUAAUGACCAGGGACAGCCCUCAGGGGGAGAGAUUCAAGACGGUGUCCGUUUCCUUCCCUACACCUCCUGCCACCGACGUGUCCAGGUCUCAGAGAAAAGGUACAAGUCGUACCCUGGACAACAGCGACCUACAUUCCCUCUCUGAGGAUCUGAAGAAAGGAAAGGAGGGCCAGGGAGGAACAAUCCAGCGAGCUCCUCCCCGCGACCGAAAGAUGCUGAAGUUCAUUAGUGGCAUUUUCACCAAAAGUACAGCUGCACCGCCCAGCGUCAACACUGCACCUCCCCUCUAUCCGGCUGUGGAAAGGGGCUCGAGUGAGGAAGAAGCUGCAUGCACCAGCAGUCAAGAAUGGACCAUGAGCCAAACUAUACAAGAACUCCACCUGGGUGUUUUGGGAGGUUUGUGUAGUGGGAAAUCCGCUCUGGUCCACAGACACUUGACUGGAAGUUACCUGCAGGUGGAGAACGCUGAAGGGCGGCAGUACAUUAAAGAUGUCCUGGUUGAGGGGCAGAGCCACGUGUUGAUAAUCAGGGAAGAGACAGAACUCCCGGGCGCUCAAUUUGCAAGUUGGGUGGAUGCAGUUAUCUUGGUGUUCAGUUUGGAAAACGAGGCCAGCUUCCAGGAAGUUUACAAAAUCUACCACCAGCUCGCUGUCCACCGGCCUGUUUCUGAGAUACCUUUCGUAGUUGUCGGCACUCAGGACAAGAUCAGCAGCACCAAUCCCAGAGUAAUCGAUGAUGCCAGAGCCAGACAGCUCUGCUCAGACGUGCGGCGCUGCACUUACUAUGAAACCUGUGCGACGUACGGCCUCAAUGUGAACAGAGUCUUCACUGAUGCUGCUCAGAAGAUCAUGACAGCCAAGAAGCAAGCUGCGCUACUGGCGUCCUGUAAAUCUCUUCCCAAUUCUCCCAGUCACUCUGGAGGCUCCACCCCAGUGUCAGGUGUCUUUCCAGGACAGGCCAGUAACGGUGGUCAGAGCAGUGAUUACUCCUCAUCGCUUCCCUCCACUCCUGUGAUCAGCCAUAAAGAGAUCGGCAGGACAUCGAGAGGGGAUAAACAGGAAAGUGCAACGCCCGGGUCAGUCCGCAGUGCUACCCGGAGACGCACCUCCCGUUUUGCGGGCCGGAGAGGCAGCGACUCGAACAGAAGGAGUGCAGAGUGUAAAGGUGAUCUGGGAAGUGGACGCUCAAUUCCCAUCAAACAGGGCAUCUUGCUGAAACGCAGCGGGAAUUCGCUCAACAAAGAGUGGAAGAAGAAGUAUGUCACGCUGUCCAACGACGGCAUACUGUCCUAUCACUCCAGUGUCAAUGACUACAUGCUGAAUGCCCCCGGGAAAGAGAUGGACCUGCUGCGAGUGACAGUGAAGGUGCCGGGAAAACGACCACCUCGUGCUGUACCCACCUGCGGCCUUCCAGUCGGGCUCAACGGACGGGUCAAAGACAUGCCAGGACCUGAGGGUGUCAGUCCAGGUCACCUCCUGCAAGUGGAGGAAAUGGAAGGGCUGGGCGGUGCACUGUUCCUGAGGAGUAACAGGGGCGUGCAGCGAUGCCCCUCUACGGUAUCUAACCAUGCUCAAAGUGUUGACUCUGCAUUUGAAGGUGUGUCCAGCUCCUCCUCCACCAAAGACGUAGGCUCCUCUUCCCCAGUGACAGACAGGAAGAAGCAUCGCAGAAAGAAGAGCAUGAACCAGAAAGGAGAUGCUACCAUUGGACAAGUAGAUGAUGAGGAUAACUUUGACUUCCUCAUCGUCUCGAGUACUGGUCAGACUUGGCAUUUUGAAGCUCAGAGUGUGGAGGAGAGGGACUCCUGGGUCCAAGCCAUUGAGAGCCAGAUACUGGCCAGCCUGCAGUUGUGUGAGAGCAGCAAAAACAAGGCUCGCAAGAACAGCCAGAGUGAAGCGGUGGCUCUGCUCGCGAUACGCAACGCGAAGGGCAACAACUUCUGUGUUGACUGUGAUGCUCCAAAUCCAACUUGGGCCAGUCUGAACCUGGGUGCUCUCAUAUGCAUCGAGUGUUCGGGGAUCCACAGAAAUUUGGGGACCCACCUGUCGCGUGUACGCUCGCUGGACCUCGACGAUCUGCCACGGGAGCUCACGCUGGUACUCAGCGCCAUCGGCAACCACAUGGUGAACAGUAUAUGGGAGGCACGCACACUGGGCCGCCGUAAACCAGCACCUGAUGCCUCACGUGAGGAACGGGAGUCCUGGAUCAGAGCCAAAUAUGAGCAAAAACUCUUUGUGGCACCGUUGCCUCCUCCAACUCCUGGCGAGGGCCCAGACAUCACGCUAUCUGGCCGUCUUCUUUUGGCAGUGAUGGAGCACAACCUCCCCAAGCUGCUGCUCCUAUUGGCCCACUGCACUAAGGAGGACAUUAAUGCUCCUCUCAGUCUGGCGCUCUCCUCCAGGUCGCUUUUAGCUCUGCGACUGCCCGGCUCUGCCCUGCACGCUGCCUGUCAGCAGGCUGAUGUGGUGAUGACGCAGCUUCUUGUUUGGUAUGGCUGUGAUGUUCGGUACAGAGACGCUCAGGGGCAGACAGCGCUGGUUCUGGCCCGCAACGCUGGCAGCCAGGAAUGUGUCGACAUCCUUCUCCAGCACGGAUGCCCAAACGAACCAGCCACCGCGUCGGUGGGUUUCGCAGCAGCCGCUACAUCCAGCUUCCCUGUUGCCAUGACGCCGAGCCUGACAGUUGCCACGACACUCAAGAUCUCGCACAAGAGCGGCAGCACCAGCUUGAGUUACAGCACUUCUAGAAGAGCAGUGUCAUAAAUGUGGCGUGGUAAAAAAAAACGAAAAAGAAAGUGUGCGUGUGAGUGUGUGCGAGUGUGUGAGCUUGUCGCUUUGCCCUCAUAGUGUCCUGUACGCUCACACAGGAACAGCAGGACUGAUGAACAUGUUGCCAGACGUUGCACUCCCUGAGGAUUUAAAGGGUGUGUGUGUGUGUGUGUGUGUUUGUCAGGGAUGAAAACACACACUUGGCAGCCACACAGGCACGUUCAGUCUGCUGUAACGAGUUAACCAAAACAAAAGAGAAAUUUUCCUGACUACACUUUCUAUGUAGACGGUAAUAUGAAAGAAGAGAUUUAAUAGGAAUGUAUUGCACUGUAUACCAGCUGGUAUGAUUCAUAUUUCAUCAUGCAGUCAGUAUUCAACCUUCACUCUCCACUCAGUUAAGAAUGGAGAUGCCUUCGGCCUCAAACAAGCUUAUCCGAGAAGUAAAGAACUGCAAUAAGUUUACGAUUCCCUCUAUUUUCAAGUCUGCUCCAUCCAUUCCUCUCGCCGUUACUGACAGCAAAUGUCAGUUUUUAAUCCAGAGUUGCAUAUUAUUAUGCUGUGUUACGUUCAACACAGCCGGUCGGUCGUUCAGUGCAUAAAUGAUGUUGUGUGAGAAAAAAAACAAAAAAAACAAAACAAAAAAACUUUACAGUUGCUGAAAAAGAGAUACCGUUUUAAAGAUAAUCAAAAUAACUGUAUAGAAAUGCAUUGGUAAAAUAUUAUAAUUCUAAAAAAAAAAAAAAAAGUGCUUCAUUUUCGAGAUUGUUAUUGUAUGAUUUGUACAGUCGGUUCUGUGUACAAAACUCAAAGGGGUUACUCGUAGCUGUUCAGAGAUUUCCUGCACACUGUCUCGGUUUUUUGGUUUUCCUUUUAAUAACCACGUGAUUUAACUCUUUGACAUCCAAGACUCAGAUUUCUAUGUUAUGUUUGUAUCACUGUGCGUGACAUAAACACUGUACAUGAUGUGCACAUUAUGACUCCAGCAGCAGCAGCAGCAGCAGCAGCAGCAGCUCUUGAUCAAGGCCGGUGUAAUACUAGACGUGUAAAUGAACAAGUGAAAUGCCUUGAUUUUGAUUGAAUGUAUACAGAAACCAAUGGUUUGAGUUCAAACACUAACAUGUGUGGGGUUUUUUUUUAGACUAUACAGUUUUUGGUGGAUUGUUGAGGCGUUUUUUUUUUUUUUACUUAACUAAUAUUAUUCCUGCUGUGACUAAUUAAAUAGUAUGGUUCGAUAGAUUAGAUCUUCUAAAGGUUCUGAUCUAUAAAACCGGGCCUUUGAAUGACUAUGAUUAUAUCUGUAAGUGGCUGAAAAUCGACAUGAAAUAGAGGAAUGUUGCCCAGUUCAAUAUUUUUUAAAAAAAGGCAUAAAAAAACAACCCUCCUGCAGUACUGUAUGUAUUUUUGUGUUAAUCUGAAGACGCCGCUGAGUGUACAUGUCUGUGAUGUAAGCAUCUCUCUCUCCAUUUGUAUUUUUUUACUCAUGCAAUGAUUCAUAGAGCACUCAUUAUCAAUACACAAAGGCUACCGCCCAA